AUGUCGGACCUCAAGUCCCUUGUCCCAGAGCUCCAGAACGCUCUGGAGCGCAAACAGCUGGACGCUGCCAACAACCUCCUCAGCCAAGCCAAGCGUGCUCUUCUCAUGCAAAAUGCCCUCAUCCCGACUCCUUCUACGCCACCACAGCUUGUUGUCCUUGCCCGACAAGUCCUUGAGCUCGGCGCCCUCGCCUCCAUUCGGCAAACCGACGCACAGUCCUUCACGAGAUACUACCAGCAGCUUCAGCCAUUCUACGAUCUGGAGCGACACGCCGGUGUACCCGGGCAGAGCUCCUCUGAGGUUGAUUUCAGCACUAGCCAGCGCAGCAAGAUCACAGGACUCUAUCUGCUUCUUUUGCUAAGCAUGGGCGACAGUGCCAACUUCCACACUGUGCUGGAGGGAUUGGUCGAAGAGGCUAGUUUGAAGGGCGGUCGUAUUGAGGAUGAUGCCUAUAUCAAGUAUCCAGUUGAACUGGAGCGGAACUUGAUGGAGGGUAGCUAUGAUAAGGUGUGGCGGGAAACGAAGUCGGAGCGUGUGCCAUCAGAGGACUUCGGAUUGUUCUCAAACGUUCUCAUCGGCACCAUCCGCAGCGAGAUCGCAGACUGCUCCGAGAAGGCCUAUCCCUCCCUCCCUAUCUCCAACGCCAAGAACCUCCUCUUCCUGGAAUCCGAGGGUGCAGUUAUCGAGUUUGCUCAGCAGCGUGGCUGGAUACUUCGUGAUGGACGGAUACACUUCCCUGUCGAGCCGGAGGCGGCCACGAGAUCGGAGAAGGAUAUCCUGGUGGCCAGCGGCACCGUUAUCGAGAACACACUGGGUUACGCUCGGGAGCUGGAGACGAUUGUUUAA